UUGCAAACUGCGAAGAACGAAACAGGCGCCGAUUGUUUCCAUCCAUGGCGACCGCAAUAUCGCGAAAUGCACACCUCCGCUUCAUUUAUCGAUCGUUAUCGUCCUACACUAUGAACCAAUGGCGAUCAUUGAAGCCCUCAUUUCGGCUCUUACAUGGAGUUCCUGAUACUAAUCACCACCGACCUCUUCCAUUCUCCCCAUCUGAUGCUCGGCUAGGUAAUUAUGGCGUGCAAUCUUUGGUGAUUUAUCAAAGGUUUCUCUGUACCGGUACCGCUACUCCUACUGCUACUGGUAAUCAACAAAAUUCUGCAUCGAAUGGAUCAUCGGAAGCUAAUUCUGGAGAAGGCGAAAAGUCUCAUGAAUCACAUCGGACUGCCGAGCAAGGAAAACCUGUUCGAGGCGGACCUGUUUCUUGGUUGAGUUUUCUGUUGCUGAUUGCUACCGGAGCAGGACUGAUCUUCUACUAUGACCAGGAAAAGAAACGACACAUAGAAGGAAUCAACAAUGCCUCAAAUGCUGUAAAACAGGGACCCUCUGCGGGGAAGGCAGCCAUAGGGGGUCCAUUCAACCUUGUUGACCAUAAUGGGAGAUCUGUAACUGAUAAAGACUUUUUGGGAAAAUGGACCUUGAUUUAUUUUGGCUUCACUCACUGCCCAGAUAUCUGCCCGGAUGAGCUACAAAAGCUUGCUACUGCAGUUGAUAAAAUAAAGGAAAAGGCAGGGAUUGAAAUAGUACCUGUGUUUAUCUCAGUUGAUCCUGAGAGAGAUACUGUGGAGCAAGUUGGUGAAUACGUCAAAGAGUUUCACCCAAGCUUAAUUGGUCUUACUGGUGCCCCGGAGGAGAUAAAGAAGGCUGCCCGUGCAUAUCGUGUUUACUAUAUGAAGACAGAAGAGGAAGGAUCAGACUACCUUGUCGACCACUCAAUAGUCAUGUACUUAAUGGAUCCUAAAAUGGAAUUUGUAAAAUUUUUUGGGAAGAACAAUAACGUUAACACGCUUUCUGAUGGGGUGAUUAAAGAAAUAAAGGAGUACAAAAAAGUCAAAGCAUGAUCUUUACAAAAGACCUGACCCUGGAGCAUCAUUUUCUGCAGUGCAGCUUCAGUUUCCUCUAUUUUUGGAGAUGAUUUAUAGUUAGUCUCGGGCGUGUUCACUUCAGGCCGGGGGAAGAAUUUUACUGUCCUACGUUCUUUUGUAGGGUUUUGAGACAUAAGCUAGACCUUAAUUACUGUUUUUUUAGUUCAAUGAACCAAUUAUUGUAGGGUGGAAGAUUUCCACAACAUCAUUUUUGUUUUCAUAAAAAGUGAGGCAAAUCAUGCCUUUGGUGAGCAUUGCAUUGUGUAAAAAUCUACAGAAACAAACUGUAACAGCACAGAAU